GGGGGGAACCCAGGGCGUGGGAGCGCCUGGCAGGGCAGGGCAGGGCAGGGCUCCGCACACAGCAGCAGGCAGCAGAGCGGGCGCUCGGGGAGCCGGCCAAGCCAGCACCAUGGGUUUACUCGAGUGCUGUGCCAGAUGUCUCAUUGGGGCACCCUUUGCUUCCUUGGUUGCCACUGGCCUGUGCUUCUUUGGGGUAGCACUGUUUUGUGGCUGUGGGCACGAAGCCCUCACAGGCACUGAGCAGCUCAUUGAGACCUACUUCUCCAAAAACUACCAGGACUAUGAAUUUCUCAUCGAUGUCAUCCACGGUUUUCAGUACUUCAUCUAUGGCACAGCUGCCUUCUUCUUCCUCUAUGGAGCCCUGCUGCUGGCCGAAGGCUUCUACACCACCGGCGCCGUCCGGCAAAUCUUUGGGGACUACAGGACCACCAUCUGCGGCAAGGGCCUGAGCGCAACGGUAACUGGGGGCCCGAAAGGGAGGGGAGCGCGAGGCCCCCAGCGAGCUCACUCGUGGCAGCGGGUGUGCCAUUGUUUGGGAAAGUGGCUAGGACAUCCUGACAAGUUUGUGGGCAUUACCUACGUCCUGACCAUCAUCUGGCUCCUGGUGUUCGCCUGCUCCGCGGUGCCUGUCUACAUCUAUUUUAACACCUGGACCACCUGCCAGUCCAUUGCCAACCCCACCAAGACCUCGGCCAGCAUUGGCACCCUGUGUGCGGAUGCCAGGAUGUACGGUGUCCUGCCCUGGAAUGCUUUCCCUGGCAAGGUGUGUGGCUCCAACCUGCUCUCCAUCUGCAAGACCAGCGAGUUCCAGAUGACUUUCCACCUCUUCAUCGCAGCCUUCGUGGGGGCAGCUGCCACGCUGGUCUCACUGCUCACCUUCAUCAUCGCCGCCACCUACAACUUCGCAGUCCUCAAGCUGAUGGGCCGAGGCACCAAGUUCUAGCCGGCGUGGUGGAGCCCAGCCAGACCAAACGCCCUUCUUUUGUCUAACCCGAGGCUUUAACACUGCAGCCACCUGACACCAGGUCUCCUGCGUUAACUCUGCCUGCGCUGAUGACUCCCCUCCUCUUCCUCCCUCGCAUCCAUUGUGCUGAGCGUGACCAGGAAGGAGAGCUUCACACCGAUGGACGCCUCUUCAUGCACUUUUCUCUCGUUGCUCAUCUGUAAACGGUUCGCUCUAGAGCCAAGCCCAUCCACACCAGCCAGAGAAGAGGAGGGACUUAUUCCA